UUGACGCGUGAUCAGUGAACUAUGAAGUGUUUGUCAUUUUACGUGUUGUGACGAGACUUUUCGACGAAAAAAACAAAAACAGUUAAAAUUAUUAAUAAUAUUUUAGAAAUUAACGUUGAAAACGAUUAGGAAAAUGUUUCAAAAGUGCUCUAGUUCGAUAAGUAAAAGUGUAUUGUUAAUUUUAGCGGUGGGAUUAUGCACGUCUCUAGCGAUACAAGAUCGCGAACGGUUACACUACACCUCCUCCAACGACCGAUCCCAAAAAAUUCUGACAGACUUCCACCUCCUGCAGCCGUUUGUGGAGCACCACCAUCAUCUGGCCAAGAGGAGUCCGUUUCAGCCGCAAGUCAACAAUGGUAAUCCUUCUGCUGCAGACAAUGGAACCGCCAUCGCCUCUUCCAAGGACGAAGGGGCGCAGCAGGUUCCUGCCGUUAUCAACGUCGUGACGACGACGACUGCUCCUUUGAAGAACAAUGGAGAAGGAGACAGUUCUAAGACCGAAGGCGAGAACCGAAGCGACAGCUCCAAUUCGAGCGCAGGCGGUGACUCGGCUCCUGCUGCGACUCCUACGAGGGACAACCAUCAGCCUCCGAGCAGGCCGCAGCAGCAGCCUUCAGGAUCUACGGAGCAAUUACAUGAACCUGCUCCUGCAACUACUCCAAGUCCGCAGAUUGUGCAGCAGAAUAUUCUGGGAGCAAACGGAACAGGUAUUCGAUGGACAAAUGUAUCAGUAUCCAGCACUGGUGUCACCAAAGAAGGCGGUAGACAGCUGCAGCACCCACUUCCAGUGGUCAGCGAACCAAUUCUGCCCGAUGAAAUCAACAAUAGCACUCUCACCGAACAUAAUAUUACACAAAAUAAGACGGAUUCCCACGACUACUACAACAGCACAAUUUCGACAGACCCAGAAGUUGGUAAAAUGUACUGGGACCAAUUUGCAUCCCCCGAACGAUUGAAUUCGGCACAAGUCUCUGAUUUGUUAUCGAGCAGUCAUCGUAGAGCAGUUACUGUCCAAUUGAAGUUCGCCUUUCCCUUCUACGGGCACUCUGUCAGAAACGUGACAGUUGCCACGGGAGGAUUUCUCUACACCGGUGACUACGUCCACUCCUGGUUGGCAGCCACACAGUACAUUGCUCCUUUGAUGGCCAAUUUUGACACAUCUUUGUCGAACAACUCAUAUGUCAAAUUUUACGACAACGGAACUGCAUUCACGGUUCUUUGGGAAAACGUUUGCCUACAAGACAGACCAGAAGUGGGUCCUUUCACGUUUUCAGCAACCCUCAUGGACACUGGUGAUAUUGUUUUUGUUUACAAAACGAUUCCGGUCCUCGUCGAGAAAAUUGAGGACAACAAGCAUCCUGUCAAAGUUGGUUUGAGCGAUGCCUAUAUCAUUGACAGGACUAUAUUCUUUACUCGAAGGAAGACGAUUUAUGAAUACCAUCGUGUCCAGUUCAAGCAGGAAGAUAUCAAGAAUGGCACCACAAUUUAUUUAAAACUCCUUCCGACUUGUGUUGCUUUUACUGAUUGUCAGAGCUGUUUGACUAAUCAUACAGGAUUUGUGUGUUCCUGGUGUGAGGCUACAAAUAGGUGCUCAUCUGGUCUCGAUAGAUAUAGGCAAGAAUGGCUUUCAAAAGGUUGUAACAUAAACAACGUCUCCAAGAACGACCAAUGUCCAGCCCUCGAAAUAUCAGCAGAAGUGCCUCGCGUGUCAAAAGAGAAAAUACCUUCGGAAGAACCAGAAUCGGUCAGCCCGAGCGAGCAGCAGCCGCCUCCAAAAGCCUCCGGGCACAGAUCGCCGUCUGGUGUCGUCGUUUCUGAUAACGGCGAAUUGGAAAAUAAUAAGGAUGCGGGUACUUCGGCAGGACACGGAGCCCUGGCUGCCCUCAUACCCUUGUGCUUGAUUGUGGCGAUUGCUGGAUGGCUUUUGUACGCUUAUAGGAAUCCUCAUACGAAGAGUGGCCAGAUGCUGAUCAGAUAUCGUCCCAGCCAGUGGACCUGGAGACGAGGAGAGGCUCGUUACACGGCCGCCACGAUUCACAUGUGAGAAAUUUAAUCCAAAAGUUUGUGGUUGUGUUUUCUUCUAUUGAUUAAUUAAUUAAUUGAUUAAUUAAAUUUCUUUUUUAAUUAAAUUAAAUUAAAUUGAAUUCUAGAGAGUGUGUAUGCUGUUUACAAAGUUGAUGUUUAUGAUAUGCAUGUUGGUAAAUAAAUGGAUCGCACUCGUUUUAUUAAAAUAAAAUAGUUUUAAAUGAUAGUCGUUUGACGAACAAGGAUAAAGGAUAGUUUUGAACAAAAUGUUAGGGAUAAAACAAUUUUGGGAUAAAAUAGAAAUGUUAGGGGUCUAUCUUCGUAUGAGUAUUUGCUGUGCGAUCAGGCGUUUUGCACAUAAAACCUAACUUCACCUAUGUGUCAUCAAAAAGUUGCACUCAUGAUAAA